AAAGCAUAAAGAUGUCCUCAGCCGUCGGAGUGAGAGCAUGCUCUUCUACAACACUCGCCACGGGGAGAAAAUCCAUUUCUCCGAUCACUAUGUAAAUCUGUUGCUGGCCGAUGGACACCAGGGCUUGGAGACAAAAAGACACGAGGUGCUGACGUUCGGACAAAAGCGACUAUCUUUGCAGCAGAAGUCUGCGGUGAAACAGAAGAUCUCCCCAGCCGAGCUCUUUUCAAGUGGACAUGGAAAUAGGCCUGUGAAGAAAGUUCUGGUGGCCGGGGUGGCCGGCAUUGGGAAAACCAUCCUUGUGCAGAAAAUGCUGUUUGAUUUUGGUGGAAACAGAAGCCAUCUUGGAUUUGACUUCAUCAUUCACAUGACCUUUAGAGACCUGAAUCUAAUAGACAAACCUGUCAACUUCCGUGAGCUGGUCUUGCGUAAAAACAGGCACCUUGCUAAGGAAUUGGAUAACAUUUUGGCGAAUGACCACAAAUUGCUGAUCAUCUUGGACGGCUUCGAUGAGUUCAGACACUACAGGAGCUGCGACGUCGAGACGUUUGUGACGGAUCCGGAUGAAGACGGAGAGGUGGUGGAGGUCAUGGGCAGUCUGAUGCAAGGUGAGCUGCUUCCCAACGCGUCUGUCAUGCUCACAAGCCGACCAGCUGCCACCAGCCACAUCCCUGUGGGCUGUAUUGACCGCUUCGUGCUCAUCGCUGGCUUCUCCUUGACUGAAGUUCAAGACUUCUUCUUCCGUUUUUUUCAGGACAGUGCAAUAGCUGAGAGCACCUUUGCGGUGGUCUCAGCCAAUGAGCUAAUGCUGACGCUGUGCUAUAUACCUGCAUUUUGCUACAUUGUCUGCUGCAUCCUCAAAGAGAGCAAAGACCUCUAUGGAGAGAAACCCAAGACCAUGACCGACAUUUAUGUGCAGUACCUGGUGGCCUUGCUUCGCUCUCACACUCAAGCGAGAGCCGCACCCUUCGGCCAGGAGCAAGGAGCAAUGGCCGCUCAGCCGCUGUCCGAUGUCGUGCUGAAGCUGGGACGGUUGGCCUUCCAUAAGCUGCUGGGGCAUCAAACUCUAUUCUACGGCAGCGACGGAGAUGUUGCAGCGUUGGGGGGAUGCAGCCUCGUCAGCACCUUUCUGGACAAGACAGUGGCACAAGAGCCCGGCUGCACGGAGGAGGUUUACUCCUUCGCACACCUUACUGUUCAAGAGUUCUUCGCUGCGGUUUAUUAUGCAGUGACGGAUGACCCUUUGACGGAAGUACAACACGGUGCAGAUCUUGCGGAGGGAUCCAACAACGGACAUUUUGACCUGUUCAACCGCUUCCUUUCUGGAAUCCUCUCCGAACGCAAUGCUAAGCUUCUCUCAAGGCAGGUGGGGUUGUGUUGCCAGAAGGACAAAGUGGACAACUAUCGCCAGAGGAUUGUUAGAGAGCUGACAACUGUCUGUGAGAGUGGGGCCCGCAUCCUAAACCAUUUACACUGUCUGUUUGAGCAGCAGGACCCCUCUCUGGCCCUUAGUGUGCAGCCAAAGACACUGCAAGUCAAUGUCAGUGAUGAAACAUUGUCCCAAAUGGAUUACAAUGCCAUCAAGUACUUCCUAAACCUUACAAAAGGUGAAAUAUCUGAGCUGGAUCUGACAGGCACAGGAGUAAGCUGCGAGGCGCUUAGAGACAUUCAGCCCCUGCUGCUCAGAUGUAACAGACUGUGGCUUGGCGAAAACAACCUCGAUAUGAACACAGCUCAUGUCAUUGCGGAUGUGCUGCAACUGUCAGAAAGUAUAACCCAGCUUGGUCUUGGAUGGUCAGACAUUGGUGAUGAUGAACUACUGGCUCUUUCCAGUGCCAUACGGGUGAAAAAAAACCUUCAAGAGCUGUGGAUGGAGGGAAACCGAGUUAGCUUCAAAGGACUGCUGUCACUCAGUGACCUGACCCCAAACCCUCUGAAAAGAAUUGUAGCCAUAUGGAAUGACUUGACUGACACAGAUCCAUACUAUUUUUGCCCCCAAGAAAGCAUAACUGUGAGUUUUACAGAUGAUUGUAUGUGGACUGCGUGGGGCGAAUGGGUCUUCAAAAGGUGCGAGGUCAGCAGCAAUGAGAAGUUAGUGAUGGUACUCCGCAAAGUGUGCAACAUCUCAGUCCACUGCUUGGAGGUCGAGUGGGCAAAGACUUUCUACCAGCAACUAUCACAGCUCAUCAAGCAAAGGAUUGAGUGCUGCACUGAGGACGACAUGUGCAGGAAACUCAAAAAGUUUGAAAAUAUAUUGAAUCACUAAGAGUCAAAUGACUCCAAAUACUUCCGAUUAUAAACUAGUACAUACAAAUUGAUGGGUGAAGAAAACAAGUCAAAAGAGGUACAUGGCCAGUACGGGGAUCGAACCCGCGACCUUGGCGUUAUUAGCACCACGCUCUAACCAACUGAGCUAACCGGCCACGUGGUACACAGUUGUUACUGUAUUGGAUUUUGUAUAAUAUUCAUGUAUAUUUUUUUGCGUUAGAUCUGUUAGAUCUAACCAAAAAUAACUUUAUUCAUUUGAUUCAGCACUAUUUCUAGUGCUUAAAAUACUUCCGCAUAUUGAUAUAUUUUGUAUUUACUUACUAAAUAACGAGUAUUCAUUUUAAUUUAUA